GCCACCCCUCCCAUGCUGGUGAGUGUGAUUCCGCUCCUGCCUGUGCUCUAGCGGCGCGUUCACGUAGGACGGGAGCGCGCUUAGCACCGAGUGGCCCCCCUCUCCGCCUAACGAGGCGCGUACUCGGCAGCUUAGUGUCCGUAGGGCGGGAGCGAGCGGCUCCGGCCUGUCUGCUGCUGGCGGUGAUCGGGUGAAGAUGGCGUCGGGCGGAUGGAAAUCCUAAUGACAGUCUCCAGGAUCGCUUCUAUCUGUACCAUGGGCGCCAAUGCCUCGGCUUUAGAGAAAGAGAUUGGGCCGGAACAAUUUCCAGUAAAUGAACACUAUUUUGGUUUAGUAAAUUUUGGGAACACCUGCUACUGCAACUCUGUUCUUCAAGCACUUUAUUUUUGUCGGCCGUUUCGGGAGAAAGUUCUUGCUUACAAAAGCCAACCCAGAAAGAAAGAGAAUCUUCUCACUUGCCUGGCAGAUCUGUUCCACAGUAUAGCCACUCAGAAGAAAAAGGUUGGCGUAAUCCCUCCGAAGAAAUUUAUCACCAGGCUACGGAAAGAAAAUGAGCUGUUUGACAACUACAUGCAACAGGACGCUCAUGAAUUUCUGAACUAUCUGCUAAACACAAUAGCCGAUAUUUUGCAAGAGGAGCGAAAGCAAGAGAAACAGAAUGGAAGGAUACCCAAUGGUAACAUUGACAAUGAGAACAACAAUAGCACACCUGAUCCCACGUGGGUCCAUGAGAUCUUUCAGGGAACUCUGACGAACGAAACUCGAUGUCUUACAUGUGAAACGAUAAGCAGCAAAGAUGAGGAUUUUUUAGAUCUUUCUGUGGAUGUGGAGCAGAACACAUCAAUCACUCAUUGUUUAAGGGGUUUUAGUAACACGGAAACACUUUGUAGUGAAUAUAAAUAUUACUGUGAAGAGUGUCGCAGUAAGCAGGAAGCACACAAAAGGAUGAAAGUAAAAAAGCUGCCUAUGAUUUUAGCCCUCCACCUAAAGAGGUUCAAGUACAUGGAUCAACUGCAUCGAUAUACAAAGCUCUCCUACAGAGUCGUCUUUCCUUUAGAGCUGCGGCUGUUUAACACAUCAGGAGAUGCCACCAACCCAGACAGAAUGUAUGACCUUGUAGCUGUGGUUGUGCAUUGUGGAAGUGGUCCAAAUAGAGGACAUUAUAUUGCAAUAGUGAAGAGUCACGACUUUUGGCUGCUGUUCGAUGAUGAUAUUGUAGAGAAAAUAGAUGCACAAGCUAUAGAGGAAUUCUACGGGUUGACAUCUGAUAUCUCUAAGAACUCUGAAUCGGGAUACAUUCUCUUCUACCAGUCUCGAGACUGAAUGAGAACUGUGACAGAUACCUUCUGCCUCACCUUCUGCUAAUGAUAACUCGAAAAAGAAUUUAGCACUGAAAAAAAAAUAAAUAUAUAUCUAUAUAUAUAUCUCUAUAUAUAUAUAUAUAUAUAUAUAUAUAUAUAUAUAUAUAUAUAUAUAUAUAUAUAUAUAUAUAUAUAUAUAUAUAUAUAUAAAAAAAUAGGCAAAAAAAUUCUGAAAAAAGAGGACAGCAAGGAGCUCAGGGGGCAUUAGCGUAGUUUGCACACGCCGAAGCAAAGAACAUGGAUAAAUAGGACAAAGAAAUUUCAUAUCAUGAAAACAGAUUUAUUUGCUCAGGUAUCCGUUUCAUCAGUGCUCCUAAGCAAAACCAGGAAUGGCCAUUUCCAUUGGUGGAUCCGACUUCUGGAAA